AUGGGAGAUCAAGAACCAGAUGUCAGUAAUCUUAUUUAUGAGGAGCAUUAUUUGGCUAGUAAUGAUGACGAUGGAAUUGAAGAUUUCGAUUUUCCUGAUAAUGAUACACUAUAUAAUGGCGGAUUUCAAAUAGGAGAAAGCAGUAAUCCUAAUUUAGAGGACGCAAAUAAUGCAGAAGACGAAAAUCAUUUCGUUGAUGAAAACAUAGAGGUUAAUAUUGAUUUCAGUGAAGGACAAGCACAUGUUACUCAUGAAGACACAAAGUUUAAUAUUGAUUUCAGUGAAUCAGGACAACCACAUGUUACUUAUGAUUAUGUUUAUCCUGGUGGCACCUUGUAUUGGACUCCGAUUGUUUCAGACGACAUCAAACCAAAAGUUUCAUCAAAAUUUAAUUCAUAUGUGAAGCAGAAACAACGUAUAGAAAAUAUGCAUUAG